CCUAGCGGUGGACUCGCAGAUGGGUGGGUGAUAGCCCGCCAGUUCUUGUCCGUUAAGGGGAAUGAUUCAUAGAGUGUCAGGAGGGAAGUUCUGCUUGUGAAAGCUCACUGCGAAGCUGAACUCUUCUCCAAGGCUAGUAGACUGAUGACAGUAGGCAGGGGCUUGGCCUGACUCCGUCUUUGGAGGCCCGGGGCCUUGUAGGGGGAGGCCUCAAGGCGCCGGUUGCUGGGGGAGCGGUGACGUCUCGGGGUGAAAGUUGAGGGGCGGUGACGUACGGCCUGCUCGGGCGGAGGCUGGCGGGUUGGAGACUGGAGGGAGGGAGGAAAGGAGGGAAGGAAGGAAGCUGGGAAGGAGCGAGGUAGCGGGGGCGCGAGGCGUUUACCUGGGAAGCAGCGGCUGGGGCGCGCACAGCGGCCGCAUAGGGCUACUUUCAAAUUUGAAUCAACAGAUGAAGAUAAAAGAAAGAGACUCUGUGAAGGCAUAUUCAAAGUUCUUGUAAAGGACGUCCCAACAACAUGCCAAGUGUCCUGCCUGGAGGUACUCCGCAUCCUCUCCAGAGACAAAAAGAUUUUAGUUCCGGUAACGACUAAGGAGAAUAUGCAAAUACUGCUGAAACUAGCCAAGCUGCAUGAGUCAGAUGAUUCUUUGGAGAAGGUGUCAGAGUUCCCGGUUAUUGUAGAAUCGUUAAAGUGUCUGUGUAACAUUGUGUUCAACAGUCAGAUGGCCCAGCAGCUCAGCCUGGAACUGAAUCUUGCUGCAAAGCUCUGUAACCUCCUGAGAAAGUGCAAGGACCGAAAAUUUAUCAAUGACAUAAAGUGCUUUGACUUGCGCUUGCUCUUCCUCUUGUCACUUUUGCACACUGACAUCAGGUCACAAUUGCGCUAUGAGCUCCAGGGACUCCCGCUGCUCACCCAGAUCUUGGAAAGUGCCUUUAGCAUCAAGUGGACCGAUGAGUACGAGUCGGCCAUAGACCAUAAUGGACCCCCACUUUCACCUCAGGAGACAGACUGUGCCAUUGAGGCCCUCAAAGCUCUCUUCAAUGUGACGGUAGACAGCUGGAAGGUGCAUAAAGAGAGUGACUCUCAUCAGUUCCGUGUCAUGGCAGCUGUCCUUCGCCAUUGUUUACUAAUCGUAGGUCCAACUGAAGACAAAACAGAAGAGCUGCACAGCAAUGCUGUCAACCUUUUAAGCAAUGUUCCAGUCUCUUGUUUGGAUGUUCUCAUUUGCCCAUUAACCCAUGGAGAAACACCUCAGGAGGCAGCGACUCUGGAUGAACUGCCUGGUGAUAAAACAACUGAGAAAGACACAGCUUUGAAAAGCAAUACCAUGGUAUACAAUGGCAUGAAUAUGGAGGCUGUUCACGUGUUACUCAGUUUUAUGGAGAAGAGAAUUGACAAGGGAAGCAGCUAUAGAGAGGGUCUAACUCCAGUUCUCAGCUUAUUAACAGAGUGUUCCCGAGCCCAUCGGAACAUCCGAAAAUUUCUCAAAGAUCAGGUUUUACCACCAUUGAGGGAUGUGACAAAUCGACCUGAAGUUGGCUCAACUGUGAGAAAUAAGCUGGUGCGCCUCAUGACACAUGUUGACCUUGGAGUCAAGCAAAUUGCUGCUGAAUUCCUUUUUGUCCUUUGCAAAGAGAGAGUGGAUAGCCUACUGAAAUACACUGGCUAUGGAAAUGCUGCAGGACUGUUGGCGGCCAGGGGCCUCUUGGCUGGAGGAAGAGGAGAUAAUUGGUACUCAGAGGAUGAGGACACGGACACUGAAGAAUACAAAAACGCAAAACCAAACAUUAAUCUUAUCACUGGUCAUUUAGAGGAACCAAUGCCAAACCCUAUAGAUGAAAUGACAGAAGAACAAAAAGAAUAUGAAGCCAUGAAACUUGUCAACAUGCUUGAUAAACUUUCCAGAGAGGAGUUGCUUAAACCAAUGGGACUAAAACCUGACGGGACAAUAACGCCUUUGGAGGAAGCACUCAGCCAGUAUUCUGUCAUCGAAGAGACCAGCUCCGACACAGACUGAAAAGCAUCGUCACCUGCUCCACUCUCAAUAUGGCUUUUAUCAGCAUCUUUUCUCUGUAGCUCCAGGGGAAUCCUUUUCUCUAAAACAUUUAUGCCCUUGCUUUGGCUAGAAACACAUUAGCUGGUUUACUCGUUGAGAACCCAGCGUAUUUAAGAGGUGGUCCUGUGUUCUCUGCAACACUGAGACGUCACACAGAGCGGGAGUUAGGCAGAGUUUCGGGCUAGGAGCAGAGACAGUCAUUCCAUUUCAUGAGGAUGCAGUGCGGCCUUCACUCAGAAGCAGCCCUGGUCCAGGCUUGUAGUCUUGUUGCCAGGAUUCCUAGCCGAAGAUUCAGCCAUGUCUUUUCACCCACUCAUGUAAACCACCCCUUCCAAGUCUCUCCAGCAACCCCAAGGCACAUGAGAGCCCAAGGAGCUGGCAAACAAGGGCUGAGGCAAGUGACUCCUUAGAUCAGCACUGACUAAAUGGAAGCCAGGCAGCUGCUCUGUAAACCCAGCUCCACCCUUCAUUUCAGUUUUCUGUAAAUGUGGAAACACACACACAGAGAAACCUGUUACACUCAGAAAAUUUGUAUGUCACUUAGCUAAAACUUCAGAAUACAUCUCUCCUAUGAGGAGUUAGAAAUGAUGGUUUUGUUCCAGGCAGCUACAUGUGCCUAUUUAUUCCUCAAGUUCCUGAACACUACAAGUACCGUAGGGCUGGACCACCAUCUGUACCACUGCAUCCAGAGCGUGCAUUCUGAGGUCUCACUCAGGGUGCCAAGUACAUACUCAUCCUCCAGGCAACAGAGAGGAUGGGGCUCCCCGAGUAGUGGGAGUUCUUUUGUGGCCUGUGCUGGGGGUAGGGAGCCAACAGCACCCAUAUGUACAUAAAGGUCAUUCGUAUGUCACAUGUUUUAAACAAGGGUCUCUGUGUGUAUUUGUGUGUGUGUUCUUUCUACCAUAUGUGAUCAGUUUAAUGGUAACUUUAUUUAUUAAAAAAAGAAACACAAAUAGUUACUAUUAAACUGAUUAAGGCUGUUUAUUUUUACUCUUAGAAUGGUCAUAUGAAGUAGACGUGCAAUCAUGUAGACAGCAGGCCAAGUUGAUCCGUGGCUAAAGCUGAAAAGGGGUUGGUUUCUUUUCAUAUAUGUAUGUAAGUGUACAUAUAAGUACACAUACAUACAUACAUGCACACACAUAGAUUAUGUGCUUAACCACUGCCUUUUAAAACUUUAAAUUAAAUAAAACAUUGGGGAUGAUUCAAUUUAGC